GAGUACAGAGGGACGGGGUUUGGUAGACGGUGUACCGCUGCCUCCAGUGCUCCCUUCGUCGGCGAGCCGUUCGGGUCCGAGUGCUGCUUUCUCCUUUUCCCUUCCCCACCCCCGUGCAAGAGAUGCACCGCCGGGGCGUGGGGGCCGGCGCCAUCGCCAAAAAAAAGUUGGCAGAGGCCAAAUAUAAGGAACGUGGGACAGUUUUGGCUGAAGAUCAGUUAGCCCAGAUGUCUAAGCAGCUGGAGACGUUUAAAAGUAACCUAGAAGAGUUUGCUAGUAAGCACAAACAAGAAAUCCGUAAAAAUCCUGAAUUCAGAGUCCAGUUCCAAAACAUGUGUGCAACAAUUGGUGUUGAUCCACUAGCCUCUGGUAAAGGAUUCUGGUCAGAAAUGUUGGGUGUAGGAGAUUUUUAUUAUGAGCUGGGUGUCCAAAUUAUUGAAGUCUGCUUGGCUCUCAAGCACAGAAAUGGAGGAUUAAUAAUAUUGGAUGAACUCCAUCAACAAGUGCUCAAAGGAAGAGGAAAAUUUGCUCAAGAUGUUAGCCAAGAUGACCUUAUCCGAGCAAUUAAGAAGCUGAAAGUUUUAGGAAAUGGCUUCGGGAUUCUUCCUGUUGGCGGGACAUACCUGAUCCAGUCUGUGCCAGCUGAACUAAACAUGGAUCACACUGUUGUGAUACAGCUUGCUGAGAAAAAGGGGUAUGUGACUAUAAGUGAAAUCAAGUCCAGUUUAAAGUGGGAAAUGGAACGAGCCAAGCAAGUGCUGGAUCAUUUGCUGAAGGAAGGGAUGGCCUGGCUUGAUACACAAGCUCCAGGAGAGCCACAGUAUUGGCUACCUGCCCUCUUUACGGAACUGUACUCUCAGGAAAUCACACCCGAAGAAGCAAAGGAAGCUUUACCUUGACAAUAUCAAAGAUGUGUAAUAACUGAACACAGAAUUAGGUCAAUUGCUGGUUGUUAAUAUGGUAAUAUUGAACAGUAGUUAUUACCUUGGAUCUCAAAACAUAAGAAAAUUUCUGCUUUGUUAAAACCUGAUUUCACAUGUUUGAUACUAAAUGUGGAUUUCUGCCAAAUGAAGAUUUUUAUUUCAUUAGCAAAUUCCUGGUUCUUGUAAUGGGGAUGAGGGAGUCUGUCCAAAAUUGUAGCCUUUUCUUUCAGUUAUUGUAAAUGUUUAGGAUGAGGACUGAUGUGGGAUGCUAAAACUGUUUUGAUUUCUUUUCAAUUGCUUAUCCCAAGAUUGUUGAGUAGUAUAUUGACUGAACUAUAUACAUACUGAAUCCCCUUACUUGUAAAGGGUUCUGUGUUAAGUUGUUUCUGUAUUAUGAAACAGCUGAAUUUUUAAAUUAAUACUUAGAUUUUGGGUAAAGGACCAAAUUAUUAUUUCCAACUUAAUCAUAAUUGGAGGUUUCCACAAUUUCAUUAAAAAAAGCAAAAGUAUCUGGAAAGACUGUUUAGAAAGUCAUGGGUAAUGCUUAGUCCAAUUUCAGCCAUUCAGGCAGUCAGGAUUCCUUUGACCUGAGAUACUGUGUGAAAAUAUAUCUUCACAACCGUAACCAUGUUGUGCCUUAGCAUGUUGAAAUCUGUAAACAGUAAAUAUACCCUUCCAUAUUUGUGCAGUGCACAUACAAAGUUGAAAUUCAUAAAGCUAUGUCUUAAACUCAUGUUGUGGAUAUAAAACUUUAUCGACAUUUGAAAAGCUAUUGACUGCAUUGAAGUCUUACUAAUUUCCAUAAAACAAUAGGUUUAUAUUCUUAUAUAAUUCAUGCAUACAAAAAAACCCAGGAUAAAACUUGUUUGAGGACUGACUGAAAAGUUACACUUAGCCUGGUAAAAGAGUUUCCUGUAGCUAUAUUCACAGAUCAUGCCAUGUGGAAGAAGAAAUUGCUUCCUUUAACAUCCUAAGAAUCAUCUUAUGACUUCAUACAAAAUACAAAGGAAAAUUGAUUGGGAAUAAUUUAUGUACAGAGUUGGCCUGCUAUAGAUUGAUGCUCUAUCCAAUGGUAUUGAGGUUAUGAAAAGAUCAAAAGACAGCUACUUAUCUAGAAUAUGCAAGUAAUAGGCUAAUGACUUCCCACAAAAAUUACUGGACAGAGUCAUACUGUAGUGCAGGAACUCAAUCUAAGCUAUGUUUUACUUUACUAUUGGUAUCCUAUAAUUCCCUAUCAAGAGAAACAAUACUGAUAAAAUAUUGGCAAUAAAAUGAAGAGGAAACUAUUUUGAAUGUAAAAUUAGUACUUCCGAUGUACAAAAAAUAAAAUCUGAAUUUCACAUUAAUUUGGAAGAUUACUUUGUUAACAAAGCAGACCAGUGCUCUGGGCAUUUUUCUUGUUAACCAAAAAUAUACAAAAAGCCAUUUUCCUUUCAUGCACAACUUAUUUUUUAAACAAAACUUUUAUUUUUCAGGUUGAAAUGUAUGGUUUCCAGAUGCCUUAUAAUUUUUCAGGAUUCAGAUUAGCCAAUAUUUGAAGACUAUCAAAAACCAAACUUGAUAUAAGAUCUGAUGCUUCUAUUUCUUAUUUGUGAUUGAGCUUAACUCAUGCUAUAAAAAGAAACACCACCUAACAGUAUUGGAAUCUCUUUAGCUUUUUUUUCUGUCUCCUCUGAAAUUAUAUCAGUUUGUAUUUUUCUCUAUUUAUUAGGCCUAAUUAAAAAAAAUCUACUUGA